AUGAAUGAUCCUCCACAAGACAAUGUUGUUGCUAUAGGAGAUGUUCUCAAGCCAACCAAUAUCUCAAAUGAUCCUCCUUCAAAGUUUGUGAGUGUUGUAAAUGUUCCUUACCCAACUGCUGAUGAUGAAGUCUUGGAAGAAAUCCAAUUUGAAGAUGACAACACAAUUUUCGGUUUUCUUCCUCUUCGCACCUCGCUCAACAUUUUUCAGAAGCCUUCUUCCUCCAAAGCUAAUUUCUAUUUCAGAAUCUCUUCUUCCUCGGAAGCUUCAGAUGAAAAUGUUGAACCUAAGCAAAAUAACGUUGUUCCUCCUCCUCUAGAAAACACAUCUGAAGGACAUCAAAAUUCUGGUAUUCAAGAAGUGCUAGAUGAUGAUGGCAAGAGCAAAGAAUAUGUUGAUCACAAGUCUAAAACGUCCACUUCGGACACUGGAUCAUCCGAUGAAAAUAUUGUGGAUCCUUUUGCCUUAUUGGAACUCAGAGAUAAUGUUGCUAUAGCAUACUCUGAGGUUGGCAAGGUCACUCAGCAAGUAGCAGGCCUUAAGUCAAAACUUGACCUGGUACUCAAAUCUAUGUCCGAGAUCAAGGAUGUCACUCCAUCUGAACUUGACCAUGCAAAUCAGUUGAAUCAUCUUAUCUCACUUCACCUAAUUCACACUCUAAAAGAGCCUAAAGCAUGCUAUAAAGACAACAUGGAUCCUCACAUUACUACCGUUAACACCAUGCUCAAAGUUUAUGAUGAUAUUUUCUCUGCUACAAACACCCUAAUCAAACAAACCUAUAUUCGUCACGAGAAAUAG